AUGGAUGUUGAAACAUUUGUUUCCCAAACACUAAAAGGAGAAAAUCUGUCUAAGAAAGCAAAAGAAAGAAGAGAAGUUCUUCUUAAGAAGAUAAAGGAUAUUAAGGCAAGCUAUCCUCAGGCGCUCCCGGAGAAAGAGCUGGAAGAUGAGGAAGAGUCUGAGAACUCUCUUUCUUCGCCUCCUGAUAAUGUCUCAAUAGCAUCUGACCGAUAUGAUAAAGAGGAUGAAGGACCUUCUGAUGGGAAUCAGUUUCCUCCCAUUGCGGCUCAGGAUCUUCAGUUUGUUCUGAAGGCUGGAUACCUGGAAAAACGUAGAAAAGACCACAGUUUUCUUGGCUUUGAAUGGCAGAAACGUUGGUGUGCUAUCAGCAAGACAGUCUUCUAUUACUAUGGAAGCGACAAAGACAAACAACAGAAAGGUGAAUUUGCCUUAGAGGGCUACACCAUCAGAAUGAAUAAUAGCCUUCGGAAGGAUGCAAAGAAAGAUUGUUGUUUUGAAAUCUCUGCUCCAGAUAAGCGCAUUUAUCAGUUUACAGCUGCCACUCCCAAAGAAGCAGAGGAAUGGGUACAGCAAGUCAAAUUUGUAAUUCAAGAUACAGGAUCUAAUGCUAUUCCUGAGGAGGAGGAAGAGGAAUAUGAUGAUGUUGGACAAUCGAACAGCGAACCGAUAGAUGAUAGCAUUUAUGAAGAAGUUAAAGAAGAACGUCUUUCUUCAAAAGCUGAAGUGCCUAGCAAUAAGAGCCAGGAGGAAGUUACCACUGUUUCAGAUAGCGAAAAUACCGAUUAUGCCAAUUUCUAUCAAGGUUUGUGGGACUGCACAGGAGAUGAAAGUGAUGAGUUGACAUUUAAACGUGGUGACGUUAUCUACAUUAUCAGCAAGGAGUACAAUAGAUUUGGCUGGUGGGUAGGAGAAAUGAAGGGAACCAUUGGCUUGGUGCCUAAAGCCUACAUAAUGGAGAUGUAUGAUAUUUGAGAGGCCUGGGAGAAAUCUGCACUUGAAAUGAAGAGUGGUGUGCAGCUGCAGUUUACAGACACAGCCUCUGGAAGACGAUUCUGCUGUACAUGUUUUGCGGUCUCAGUGAAUGUAGUCAGAUCGCUGCCUCGUGUAUAUUAAAUAUUAUAAACUGUAAUUGAUCAUAACUUUACGGAAAUUGUCUUCUCAGGCACUUUUUAUAGAAUUUUAUUGCCACGAAAUUAAUAGAUGAUAAUUAACAUAUGGGGCACAAGCAGCCAUAUAGUGCCUGUUGCUCUUUUUUAACAUGUUAGCGGCACUCUGUAUAGCUGUACUUGUGUUCUCUCAGGGAAUUUUGCUAUCUUUUCCUGUUCUGCAGAUUCAGAAAAAUUACGCAAGGCUUUGAGGGUAAACUCUUACUCAAUUCAUGCAUGCAUCAACCUUUUUGUGCUCGCUGUAUAUCUGGUGCAGUUGUAUCAGGAAGUUGAGGGAAAUUUAUGUAUAAUAUUUCAAGUCUUCGGGGUAUUCUUUUUCCAGAUGCUUUAAAGUUAUGCUUUAGCCAAUGACUUAUUUUUGUCAUAUAUUUAGUUUUGUAUUGUUAAUUACUAUUUUGUUGACACACAAUGAAGAUUUGAUUCUUUUGCUGAUGUUAUAAAUGGGCCUGUGUGGUAAUACUGCCCUGGUACCAUUCUGACUUGGACAUGAUAAUUCUAUGGAAAUUUGUGAAAAUGUAUUAAACCCUACAAUUUUUGCUAAGUCAACACAAGCUAAAUUGCAGGUAAAAAUAUUUUUGUCCAUGGUAGCAUGAAAUAUUUUAUCUGUACCUUACUUUUGCAGACUCAAAUCUGGAUACUUUGCUGAUAUAUGGAAUUCUGAUGUAGGUUAUGCAACAGAGAUCUUCAUCUUCACCCUGUGAGGAUUAGCAACAGCUACCUGCAUUCUUGUGUCAAAGCCAGAACUUUGUGGAUAAUCAAAAACAUUGAUUGAAACAUAAAAAAGUACACUAAAAUACUACCACUUGUGGAGAAGUAGUUGGGCAAGUCAGAGUUAAUACUUUACAUACUCUUCUUUGGGAGAUGUACCUUACUAUUAGCAUGCAAGAUCAACUUUUUUGGGUCGUCCCAGACAGUUGAUUUGUGAGACCCUUAAUCUGCCAAGGAGGCAGGUCAGGCCAGCCUGUGAGUUGCUGAGCCUGUGCAGGUCCCCGUGUAGUUGCUUGUGCUGUUUAUGCUUCAGGCGGACCCUGCAGACGCUGGGUUAAAAGGAAACGUCAGGCUGAAGUCGGAAUUUGGAUCCUUUCAGUAAACUAAGAUGUUGUGCUCUGUGUUAGCUAAUGUAUGGUACUUGCUGGUACACUGAAUUCUAAUAGGCGUCAAACGGGACCGAGUUUUGUUGUAAUUUUUUAAAGAGAUAGUCAUUGGAAUUGAUUCUGUGUGUUAUCAGCCAAGCAUUAAAAUGAUAGAUUAUAGUCUUCAGAUCUUUUACUACUUUAAUUUGUCAAGCGUACUGGUGGAUUGUGUACAGAAUGUGAAGCGUUAACAGCGGGGCUGGAAACGCUCCCUCUCCCUUGUUAACAUGGCAGCGCCAUAAAUCUGCCCACCGAGACGGCUUUUUAUUAAUUACAGAAUUCCGAAUCCCACCAGCAGCACCACCGAGUAGUUUUUAGGGGAUAAGGCCUCGCCCAGCUCCCUGCGGGGCGGUGCGGUGGCAGGUCGCUGUCUGCGGGCGCGGUGCGGCGCGGUGCGGGGCGGUGCGGGGCGGGCGCUGCGCUGCGCUGCGCGGCCGCGGCGCUGGGUGGCAGCAGAUUUUCGUGGCACGGCGGAGGCGGCUCCCGGUGCCCUCCCUGUCCCCUUCCCCCUCCGCGCCGCCCCGCGCCGCUUCUGCCGCUUUUCCAGGAGAGGGAGUCCUUAGCCAAGCGAUGAGGGGCAGAGCUGCCCUGCCUCGCCUGCCUGGUGACAACCAGGGACAUCAAGUGGCUUUUGUCUGUAAUUCUCUUUUAGGGCUUCCCCCUUCUUAGUACUUAUUGCUAGGGGUGAGGAAAUAAACUGCCUUAAAUUCUAAACGUGAAAGGUGUCCUGAAACUCACUGGUAAUGUCUCAGAAUAAACCAGCAAUGGACCACGGAUGAAUGGUUUACUUUAAAUCUGUAUGAAUACCAUAACCUUUUUUGGAUAAGAAAAUCUCAGUUAGUACAACUUAAACAAAACCAGGCAGAAGAUGCUAAUUACUUAAUUUUCUUUGUUCACUUAGACUGUGCUUGCCUUUCUGUAAACGGUGAGAGAGCAGAUUUUUAAAAUGUGAUUGUAACUCUCACAUUGUACAGCGUUUUACUUGAUUAUUUGCUGUGUUCUGGAUUUGUAUGGUACUGCCAUUAGAUCUUAUAAUAAUGUUCUACUCUGCAAAUUUUUAAGGUUCAAAUAAAGUUUAAUUGUUUGCAAA